GAAGCAGGAGGUGGAGGAGGACAACGACGGCAACGAGGACGGACACGAGGACGACCGCCGAGGGCCGCCGACGACACGAAGAUGCCGAGCGCGUCGUUUUCGUCGUCGCGCAGCUACGUGCGGAGGUCGCGUCGGAAAAACGGAAACAGGAUCCCCUUGCCGAGAACGGCCGAGCCAUGCGAGCUACCGUGCCCAACGGCCAAUCAGAUCAUUCCAGGAGGAGUAGUUGUUGGUGGAGGCGGAGGAAGCGGUGCCCGAGGCUCGUCCCCUAGUGUAUCCGGAGUCGCUGCCCCCUCGCCGUCACCUCAAUCGCACUCGUCGCCGUACGACCUGAGACGCAAGAGUCCACCGCAUCCAGAUCCGGCGCCCGGCACGAGUUCCGCCCUUCCGCCGUCGGGCGGCAUCGCCGCCACCUUCGGUUCGUCGUCCCUACCGGCGAGGAAACGACCGAGGCGAACAUGUUCGCUGUCCACAGAUGGUAUAAACACAAACACGGCGGCGCACUACCUCCAGUACGAGCUACCGGACGAGGUGCUGCUCACGAUAUUCAAUUACCUUAUGGAGCAAGAUCUUUGCCGAGUGUCGCAGGUGUGCAAGCGUUUCCAAGUGAUCGCGAACGACACGGAGCUGUGGAAGUCGCUGUACCAGCAGGUCUACGAGUACGAUCUGCCGCUGUUCAAUCCAGCGCUGUGUAAAUUCGAAUUCGUCUCGCCGGACGACUCCGAGUAUCAGAAUCCGUGGAAGGAGAGCUUCAGGCAGCUAUACAGGGGCGUGCACGUGCGGCCCGGCUUUCAGGACUUGAAGUUCAAGGGCCGCAACCUGCCGUACUUCAACACGGUUCAGGGCGCGCUGGACUACGUCGACGAGUACAGGAGCAACAGCGCCUCGGCGAACAGCGGCGCCACCGCCGCGGCCGGUCAGGGCUGUUGCAACGGUUCGCAAACGAACGGGGAGGACACGGCGACGCAGCAUCUGGUCUUCUUGCACGCCGGUACAUACAGAGGCGAGUUCCUCGUGAUCGACAGCGAUGUAGCGUUGAUCGGCGCCGCGCCGGGGAAUGUCGCGGAGUCCGUCAUUCUGGAGCGAGAGAGCGAGUCGACGGUCAUGUUUGUGGAGGGUGCGAAACGCGCUUACGCCGGGCAUCUCACGCUAAAGUUCACGCCCGACGUCACGAGUACGGUGCCCCAUCACAAGCACUAUUGUUUGGAGGUUGGUGAAAAUUGCAGUCCCACCGUCGAUCACUGCAUCAUCAGAAGCUCGAGCGUUGUGGGUGCAGCGGUCUGCGUAUCGGGCGUGGGCGCCAAUCCGUUGGUGAAGAACUGCGACAUAUCAGACUGCGAGAAUGUCGGGCUGUACGUGACCGACUACGCCCAGGGCACGUACGAGGACAACGAGAUCUCGCGGAACGCCCUCGCCGGUAUCUGGGUGAAGAAUUACGCGAAUCCCAUCAUGCGACGGAAUCACAUCCACCAUGGCCGCGACGUAGGAAUCUUCACGUUCGACAACGGGCUCGGUUACUUCGAGGCCAACGACAUUCACAACAAUCGGAUAGCGGGUUUCGAGGUGAAGGCCGGCGCCAAUCCCACCGUUGUUCACUGCGAGAUUCAUCACGGCCAGACCGGCGGCAUCUACGUGCACGAAAACGGCCUGGGACAGUUCAUCGACAACAAGAUUCAUUCGAACAAUUUUGCUGGCGUGUGGAUUACAUCGAACUCGAAUCCGACUAUACGUCGGAACGAGAUAUACAACGGCCAUCAAGGUGGCGUGUAUAUUUUCGGCGAGGGCAGAGGCCUGAUCGAGCACAACAACAUCUACGGCAAUGCGCUGGCUGGUAUACAAAUUAGGACAAACUCGGAUCCGAUCGUCCGGCACAACAAGAUACAUCACGGUCAGCACGGCGGCAUUUACGUGCACGAAAAGGGUCAGGGCUUGAUAGAGGAGAACGAGGUGUACGCCAAUACGUUGGCAGGCGUGUGGAUCACGACGGGCUCGACGCCGGUUUUAAGGCGAAAUCGAAUUCACAGUGGCAAACAGGUCGGCGUAUAUUUUUACGACAACGGCCACGGGAAAUUGGAGGACAAUGAUAUUUUCAAUCAUUUGUAUUCAGGAGUACAAAUAAGGACUGGCAGUAAUCCGGUCAUACGCGGUAAUAAGAUAUGGGGAGGACAAAACGGCGGCGUUCUAGUGUAUAAUAGUGGCUUAGGCUUACUCGAACAAAAUGAGAUUUUUGACAAUGCGAUGGCUGGCGUCUGGAUUAAGACGGACAGCAAUCCAACUCUCAAAAGAAACAAGAUAUACGAUGGACGGGACGGCGGUAUUUGUAUAUUUAACGGAGGCAAAGGUAUUUUGGAGGAGAACGACAUACUUCGCAACGCGCAAGCGGGCGUGCUUAUAUCGACGCAAUCGCAGCCGAUCCUGAGGAGGAACCGGAUUUUCGACGGCUUGGCGGCCGGCGUCGAGAUAACCAACAACGCCACCGCCACCCUGGAAUUCAAUCAAAUAUUCAAUAAUCGAUUCGGCGGUCUGUGUCUGGCGAGCGGGGUGCAACCGACGGUUAGAGGCAAUAAAAUAUUCAAUAACCAAGACGCGGUGGAGAAGGCGGUUGGGAACGGCCAAUGUUUAUACAAAAUCUCUUCGUACACCUCCUUCCCCAUGCACGACUUCUAUCGCUGUCAAACGUGCAACACGACGGAUCGGAACGCGAUAUGCGUUAACUGUAUAAAAACUUGUCACGCCGGUCACGAUGUGGAAUUCAUCAGACACGAUCGAUUCUUUUGCGAUUGCGGCGCCGGAACAUUGAGCAAUCAGUGCCAGCUGCAGGGUGAGCCGACGCAAGACACGGAUACGUUGUACGAUAGUGCGGCGCCGAUGGAAUCACAUACACUUAUGGUCAACUAGGAACUAACCUAAAAUAAUUUAAACAAUCAAACAAUGUCUAGAGCCGUAAGUCCAGUAAUAUUGCGAGCACGCGCGCGGUAAAUCUAUUGCCGAGUUCUUUAUUUAUUAUCUUCCCUUCAUAUCGUCGCAUUAUAUCGUCAUUGUUAUGCUUUAAAGAAAUUCUAUUUAUUACGAUGAUUUUGUUUUUAUUGUUAAUAUGUGAUAUUAUUACGGUGUAAUAUGAAUAUCACGCAAGGUACACGUGUGUGUGUGUGUGUUAAGUAAUAUUACAUUAACUAUAACGAUGUGUUAGUAAUAUUACUUCAACUUAACUUUAACUGUAUUAUUGCCAUUUAUUUUUUUAUCAAAAUUAUCAUCUUGAUACCCACAAGUUGCUUUAAUUUUUACAAGAAUAUAUUUCGCGUAUUUCCAUAUUUUGAUAUGGAUGCUAAUUGAAUUCGAACUAUAGACGUUCUGCGUUAUCCGUAAACAGAAUCAUUUGAUUAUAUCAUUUCACGCGCGGAUAUGUAACAGAUUUUUUUUACGAAUAAAAAAUUUAUUCACUAAUUUAUACACAUAUCUUGAGCAAUUAAUCGGAUUGGUUAUCUUUUUUCUGAGUCUAUUAAAAUGAGAUCAUUAUUGCGAUUGCACCUCUAUUAGUUUUAUUUCAAGUGUUACUUCUAUUUAAUUGAGUCUUGUUAAAGAUUUUUAAAAGAGAUAAUUGUUUCUUUCCCCAGUCAAGGCUAAUAAAGAACUCGGCAAUCGAAUCGCCAAGAAGGCGAUAGUAAUAAAAUAACAAAGAAAGCCCUUAUAUGUGUAAAGCAUACAGUAUCAUAUUAGGUAUAUCAAAUUAAUUUAAAUGUGUAAACGAGGGAAACGCUAGGCUAAACGUAAAUCGAACUUUUCACGUGACUCUUUUUAUUGGGGUUCUACAAUCCUUAAAAUCUUCAUAUAACAAGAGAGUGCAGUGCUGUAUAAAAAGGAGAAAAAAAAACGAAAGGAAGAAGGAAGAGAAACAUGUGUAUACGCCAUAAUGACACUCGACGCCUCAAUACGAUCUGAACUGCUCUGAAACUGUAAUGGAAGCCACGAUAACGUAGAUAAGACGAAUGUAAGCUCGCACAGUGUGAAACAAUGUAUCUGGAAAUGUAAAUUGUGUAUAUCGUACGCGAAGCAGUAACAACGCUGGGAGCGAAUAAUACGGUCAUAUUAUCUACUUUUGAGCAUCAAAGCGAAAAUCUACAAAGAAAGAACGUAAAGCAUACAGAUGAAAUUUGCACUCGACAGUUGAUAAGAGGGGUACUUGGUCGUAUCACAGUGUAUAAAAGGAACGGCUAGCAGUGUGUGCGUGUUAUUGAGUGCCGCACUCGAAAUUGCAAAUCUCGAAACUGAAAAUCUCGAAUUAUUUCACGCAACAACAAAUAAACAAACAAACAAACAAAAAACGAAAAGUAAAGGACUGUAAACCAACGGGUCACGGAACGUCUCGAUCGUUUACGUAUUAUCAAGUGCAACUUCGUUGAGUCAAUGAAUCUGUCGAAUCCUAUGCGGUACAAAUCGAAUCUCGAAGAGAUGAAAAACGAGAGAGGGGACGAACGAGGAGGCCGGAAGACCAACGCGACCGAAGAUCUGCAAGACACACCGGAACGAAUGUCUAAAAUAUGUGAUAUACAAAACUCACACAGGUGGAAUAAUCAAAAAAAAAAAAAUAAAGGUAAACGUGCUGCUAAUUUUUCGACGUAAACAUACCUCGUAAUUAACGCGUUAACGAUUCCAAUAAUCGCGAUGGUGAAUUUAUGUGAUGGUCCUAAGUUGCCCCUACACGGGCGAAGUGCAUAAUAAGGAUGGGAUAAAUGUUGAAGACUAAAUUUAAAAAAGAAAUCACGAAGAGGGAAGAGUGAAAAGGAAGGAAGAGUGCGUACACGCGGGAAUAUAAUACGACGGUGUAUACCAG